UCAGAGUCCAAACCCUUUAAUGUUCAUCUGCCAAUAUCCAUGGAGCUGUAGAUCACAACGUGGAUAUCGGACAAAAACCAAACCAAGGAAGUUUUUGGAAAGCGUCAGCCAAUCAAGGAGAAGGCCUUGUAGUGACCCGACCUUCAUCCUCCUCCUUCCUGCCACAGAACACCUCAUCCUUAAGUGGGAGAGAAGUCCUGUCAGAGAUAAAUCCAUUACAGCUUCGUCCGCCCUGACUUUUCUGAGUCUGUGACAGAAACCUCUCCUGAAUGAAUGAGUGGGUGGGCUCCGAGUUAAACGUGGUGGGACCGCUGCAAAUCCCACCCAACGAUGAGUUCUCCAUCUCAGAGAGCGCCCACUUCUUUGACAUCCUGGCAGAUCAGGGCAGUCCUCUGCUGCCGGACCCUGACAUCUUGCCGUUCUCCAGUUAUCCCAGCAUGCAGUACCCACCCAUGGAGCCGAGCAUCCCCCCCACUCCCUACUACUCGUCUCAGAACUAUUACCCCCCGUACACCGGAGACGAAUGGUACUCACACACAGGGAUAUACGAACUGAGGAAGGGGCCGAUGGAGGGCAGCUAUCUGGCCGACAUGGAGGAGGUGUCCCCCAUUGUGCCGACCGUGUGCAAGAGGACCCGACACGUGAUGCAGGCCGGAAAGGUCAAAGGGGAGGAGCUGUGCGUCGUGUGUGGAGACAAGGCAUCUGGUUAUCACUACAACGCUCUCACCUGUGAGGGGUGUAAGGGUUUCUUCAGACGAAGCAUAACAAAGAACGCCGUGUACAAAUGCAAGAGCGGUGGAAACUGUGAGAUGGACAUGUACAUGCGCAGGAAAUGCCAGGAGUGCCGGCUGAGAAAGUGCAAAGAGAUGGGCAUGCUGGCAGAGUUGAAGCCUCCAUCGGUGCCGACAGGCCUGCUGACAGAGAUCCAGUGUAAAUCCAAACGUCUGAGGAAAAACACAAAGGCCUCCCCCGGACGGUCGACGGGAGAUGAGACAGAGGGACCGGACAGCGCAGACAACAAACAGGUCACCUCAACCACCAAACUGUCCAAGGAGAAGGUUGAAAUCACCAAAGAGCAAGAGGCACUGAUGAGGCUCAUCGUAGACGCUUACAACAAACAUCAAAUCCCUCAAGACUUCACAAACAAACUGCUGCAGGAACAGUACAGCACCGAAGAAAACUUCCUACUGCUGACUGAAAUCGCAACGAGCCAAGUUCAAGUGUUGGUGGAGUUCACAAAACAUAUUCCAGGUUUUCUGUCUCUGGAUCACGAGGAUCAGAUCGCUCUGCUGAAGGGUUCGGCUGUGGAGGCCAUGUUUCUGCGCUCUGCUCAGGCUUUCAGGAGGAAGAUUCCCGAAGGACACACUGAAGUUGUAGAAGCCCGAAUACGCAAGAGUGGUAUAUCAGAAGAAUUUAUCACUCCUUUGUUUACCUUCUACAAAAGUGUUGGCGAGCUCCUCAUGGUGCAGGAGGAACAGGCUCUGCUCACUGCCAUAACAAUCCUGUCACCAGACCGGCCCUACGUGAAGGACCAGCAGGCGGUUGAGAGGCUGCAGGAGCCCAUGGUGGAUGUUCUGAGGAAGCUGUGCGCUCUGCAGCAUCCCCAGGAUCCGCAGUACUURGCUCGCCUCCUGGGCCGCCUGACGGAGCUGAGGACACUCAACCACUACCACGCGGAGAUGCUCACGUCCUGGAAAGCCAACGACCAGAAAUUCACGCCGCUGCUCUGUGAGAUCUGGGACGUGCAGUGAUCACAGGACGGAGGCUUGAGCUUCAGGAACACGGUGCGGCCCCGGCAGGAGAGCAGGUCUGAUGAGGUGAAACUGCUGGCCCUGACCUUUAUGGUAGAGGUUAAGAGCAUAUCUGUGCAGACGGUCAGCUUGUUUUCAUCGUUCACACAGGUGGGAUUUAAUGAACUUGACAAAUUGAGAGACACACUGGAGCUUUGUCGAAGCCGAGAAACUGGUUGUAAAAAGUUGUAAAAAUUCAGAAUUUGAUCGUGUCUUCAUUUUUAUUUCAUGUGCAAAAUACAUGUUUUAUCCAUCUGCCUCAAAAAAUUCACAAAGUUUUGAGGGUAAAUAAAAAAAGUCCCACUAUUACAACAUUUCUUACAUAUUUUUGAACAGUAAACAAAAUCAUCUUCUGAUAAGAAAUGUUGCAGUUGCAGCCAUUUUGGUCAAACCUUGUAAAUCAGGGCUAUUCAACUGAAUUGCUCUGAGGG